CUUCGUUUAAAUGCUUCUUUACACUAGAAGCAAUGGCCUUCAUCGAACGUAUUUGUCGCCUUUGCUUGGCGGAGGCACCUGCAAGUGAUUUUAGUGCAAUGAUUCCUUUGAAUGGUAAUAGUGAAACAUUGAAUAUAAUUCGCACGGUUACCUCCGUGGAGGUGCUGCUCGACCGUGAAAGCAUGUAUUUUAUGUGCUCGGAUUGCAAUAGAUCGUUGCAAACCUGCUACGACUUUCGUGAACGAUGUAUCGUAAACGAUACCAUUUUUAGACGGAAAUUUACUUUGCUAAAAAGUGAUCCUGGUGAUGCUGGUGCUACCGUUCCCAUCGACAACGUUGAACAAAACAAAGACUCAACAGAUGUUGGAAACACCAAAACCGAAGAUGCAGAACUUGAAGAAACAUACAUCGAGGAAAACUACAUUGAGGAAUGCCUAGUAGACGAUGUGGAGGAGGAAGACGUUAAACCCAUGUACGCUCCUCCUCCGGAGGUUUCGCAUUAUCAAUCAAGUGACAGCGAAUCGUCUUCACCCAAGGCGAAGAAAAAGGUGCAGAAAAAACGCGGUCGGAAGGUGAAAUCGGCAACGGAUAAAUCGAACAACAAACUACCGUGCUCUCAGUGUGGUAAAAUGAUUGCUCGGAACAACAUCAAUCAACAUAUGCUAACACACGACCCCGACCGGCCCAAAGUAUUCUGUGCGUACUGUGGUAAGGCAUUUAAGGAUCCCAGAAGAAUGCAGCUGCACGUUAACAGUAAUCACACAUUGGAGAAAAAAUAUCCAUGCGAUAUUUGCGGUAAAGUGUAUCUUCGUCCAACCUCACUGAAGGACCAUAAGGCAACAAAACAUACCGCCGAUAAGCGGUACGAAUGCACAGAAUGUGGCACGGCGUUCACGAGCUGGGCACAGCGGUGGCAUCAUUUUAAAAAAGAGCACACGACAGCUAAGCCCUAUGCGUGCACUUAUUGUGACUGGGCGUUUAAAUUUAAGGGAGAUCUCACUCUGCACAUCCGGAAACACACUGGAGAGAAGCCGUUCAAAUGCGACAUCUGUGGCAAAGCGUUCAACAAGAGCUACAACGUUGUUAUUCACAAGAAAUCACACAGAAAUGUAUUAUCAGCCGAGCCCGGGUUAAAACAGGAGGGAGUAAAUAGUUUACCCGCUGAACCCGUGGUACAAUCGGAAGGAGUUGGUUGUAACAUAGCCUUGUCAUUUGGGCAAAGUGAAAUGCAGAAACUAGUUUAAUUUUACAUCAUUAGAUUAAGAUCAUACAGUUUCUUUUAUACUACCUAAUAAAAUGUGCUUAUUAGAUCAAGACAA